AUGGAGCCUAUUGAUGAUGGCGAUUUUCUGGACAAUUUUUACAACAACUCAAAUCCGACGCAAAGUUCUAGAAGGAUCUCAUUUGUUCAACGUGGAGCCAUGAAUCAGGUGAGCAAAUUUUCUUCAAUAUUUUUUUGAAUUAUAUUUUUUUUUUUGAUGUUUUGUUCUUCUAGAUUCAAUUCGAUCAACAAUUCGACUACAAUAAACCAAAGACUGAAAAUGUGCUGAAAAAGCGUGUGAAAAAAUUCGUGCGUCGCUAUUAUGAGCCAUUCACCUCUUGUCAGCUGUUCAAAAUCUUCAUCCUCGAUUUGAUUCCGAUUCUCAAAUGGCUUCCGAAUUAUGAUUUCAAGGCGAAUUUGUUGGCCGAUUUUGUUGGUGGUUUGACAGUUGGUGUGAUGCAUGUUCCACAGGGUCAGCUCUUUUUGAAAAAUUUCUUGAUUGUCUUGAAUUUUUUGCAGGCGUUGCCUAUGCUCUGUUGGCUCAACAAUCACCAAUCAAUGGUCUUUACUCAUCUCUGAUUCCACCGAUGCUUUAUAUGUUUUUUGGGACCGCAAGACAAUCAAGUAUUGGAACAUUUGCUGUAACUUGUUUGAUGACUGGAAUUGCUGUUGAAAAUAUUCAGGACAUAGAUGAGAAUAUAAAUGCGGAAGAGGUGGCUUGUGCAAUUUCAUUGACGAUGGGCUUGAUCUUGGUGAGAGCAGCAAAACUGGUUUAGUGUAAAUAGUGUUUACAGUUCUUGAUGGGUCUGAUGCGCCUCCAAUUUCUCACCACCUACCUAUCAGAUCAAGUCAUCGCUGGCUUCACAACCGGCUCCUCGAUCCAUGUUAUGGUUUCUCAAAUCAAGACACUUUUGGGGAUUCGUGGACUUCCCAAACAUUCGGGACCACUAUACUUGCUGCGUAAUUUGCGAGAUGUUUGUUUGGCGAUUGGCGAAACGAACUGGGUGUGUAGCGCUAUUUCAGUGAUCAGUAUUGCGAUUUUGGUAUGCGGAAAAGAAUUUGUCAAUCCGAUGAUUAAGCGGAAGACGCGAGUUGAUGUUCCGAUUCCAUGGGAAUUGAUUGUGGUGAGCUUUCAGACAAUUUUUCUAUCUGCAGUAUUUUUGCAGGUGAUCUUAUCAACCCUUUUUGUCUUUCUAACCCGUGUCGACAUCUCAUUCAAUCUCAAAACCGUUCAAAAAAUUCCCAUCGGCCUGCCCACAAUUCACAUUCCAAAUUUCUCCCUAAUCUUAAAAGUUCUACCGGAAACCAUAAGUAUAACAAUUGUCGCAAUCUCAACAUGGCUAUCAAUUUCAAAAAUGUUGGCCAAGAAGAUGUGCUACGAUUUGGACGCCGGACAAGAAUUGUUUGCAUUGAGUUUCACAUCAAUAAUCUCGAGUUUCUUUCCAACUCUACCCGUUUCUUGUUCACUCAGCCGAACUGUUGUUGCGCUUGGAGCCGGAGUUGUUACGCAAUUAUCGAUUUUGUUCAGCUCGGCACUGGUGCUUCUUGUCGUUCUGUUUUUGGGACAAUUUUUGGAGACUUUACCAAUGUGCGUUUUGGCAGCAAUUAUUUGUGUCUCACUUCAGGGAAUGUUUCGCAAAUUUGCCGAUUUGCUCGAUUUGUGGAAAACGUCGAAAAUUGAUUUUGUAAGGGGGUGUAGGCUUUUUGGGCCACCAAAGGCAAACAGUUUUUGCAGAUGAUUUGGAUCGUCGCAUUUCUAUCAACAGCUUUGAUAGAUGUUUCAGAAGGUUUGAUAAUUUCAGUCACUUUUGCACUAUUCACCACAAUUUUGAGAGAGCAGUAGUAGGUUUUUACAAUUCGAAAAUUCUCAAAAUCAUCGAUUUUUCAGUCCAAAAUGGCACAUUCUCGCCAGCGUCAAAGGAACCCACGAUUUUCGAGAUUCGGAAAGAUAUGGCGACACAAUGUACUUCAAAGGAAUUUGUGUUUUUCGAUUCGAUGCUCCACUUUUAUUUCACAAUGUUGAAUGUUUCAAAAAAUCGAUCGGAAAAGCGUAUGAAGGAUGGCAAAAAUCGCAUGAAUUCUAUGUGUUGCGCGAGGAAAGAGAUACGAUUUUGAAACAGCAAAAAAUAUUGAUGAGCUCUGAGAAUCAGUCAACUAUUGAAAAGGUUCUACCACUUUCCAUGUUUUUUUUCAAAACCAAAACAAUUUUAGAACAUUGACACAGUUUGCGACAAUAUUCUAACACGUCAUUUCAUCAUCGAUUGUUCCGGCUUCACAUUCAUCGAUUUGAUGGGAGUCAGUGCACUCAAGGAGAUUUUCUCAGAUAUGAGAAAACGGGGGAUUUUGGUGUAUUUUGCGAAUGCAAAAGCACCGGUUCGAGAAUUAUUUGAUAAAUGCGAUUUCUAUCAAUUUGUGCCCAAAGACAAUUUUUAUCCGACGUUGAGAGAUGCGACUGCGAUCGCCAGACAGAGGCAGAUGGAAUUGGGAUUCAAGGAUACUGGAUAUGUUCCCGAACAUGAUCGAUUUACUGAAGUUGUGUCGGCGCAUCUAAUGUGAAUAUAAUUUUUUUUUUUGAAAAUUUAUGAAACAAAAUUUCGAGACUACAUGAACUGAGACAGUUUGUUUACAUUAAAAGUUCCAGAAUUUUUUGAAGGUAUCAUCAUUUCGAAAAAAAAAGUGAGCGAAGAGAAGAGAACUUAUCUGAUGAUUUUCCAAAAAUAUAGAUAAGAGAAGUUGAAAGAAAAUGAUGAAAUUAUAAAAAUGAGUGAAUUCGAAAAUCAAGAUUCGUGACAAAUCGUGACAAAACGAGAAAGCGUGUUUAAUGAAAAUUUGAAGACUUGAUUGAUAUUAACGAAAACGAAAAUGUAAUUUGGACAAUUCGAUAAAUUUUCCCAGAAACUCAACGAGACAUUUUUACACGAAAAUUUUUAGAGAAAAUGAAAAUACAUCUUCAAAUCCACGGCGAGAAAAAUAAAACUUUUUGUUCUUACGGAGAAUGUGCGCUCUAAUGAUAAUGUAUGCGAGAGGAAAUUUUUUAGAAUUUUCAAUUUUCUGCAGCCAUUUUUUUGUACGCCUGUACUCUUUUUCUUUUCCCGCUCUCUCAUUUUUCCAAUCUCUUAAGCUCAGAGAAACAGGCUGGAGAACCGGCGGAGAAAACGACAUAUCGGCGAACUCUCGGACAACCGGCGGAGUGUCUCACCUACACUAUUUCGCCGAAACUUUUGUCCACCGGUUGUCCGAGAGUUCGCCGACAUGUCGUUUUCUCCGCCGGUUCUCCAGCCUGUUUCUCUGAGUAAGAGAGAGGGGGGAGGUUUAAAAAUUCUGGCCGUGAAUCAGAAUAAAUAGAUCAAAAAGGAAAAUUAGGAAUUUACAUUGAUGAAGAUUUGAGAUAGGUGAUUCAGAAUAAUAAGAUGAACUUUUGUACCCGCAAGAGUACGGUGGUCCAAAUGUGCAGAGUGACAUUUAGGAUUUGAGAAAAUGACUAAAUGAUAGAGAAUUUGAGGAUUUUUUCUAGAAGCGUCGCAAACAGAGAAAAACUUCAAAGUUCGAAAAACAGUAAACACCGUGUAAAAUGGCUUGAAAGUCCAGUUUGGAGUAGUGUUUUUAUGUCCAUUCCGUUUUAUUUGUAGCAAAAUCAUUCAAUCCAAAAAUAAUUUUGAUUCAAACAUAUUUCGCCUAUUCCAAAAGGACACGAGAGUUAUCUUCAGAAAAAUCUGGAUAUGUUUCGGAUAGAACCAGAUGCUUCUAAUUUGUAUGGAUAUGUUUCGGAUAGAACCAGAUGCUUCUAAUUUGUAUGGAUAUGUUUCGGAUAGAACCAGAUGCUUCUAAUUUGUAUGAACAGAACAGAACGAAUUAAUACAAUAUACAUAUGUAUGUUCUGAUUUGAAAUUUAACACAUGAAAAUCAAGGAUCCUUCUAUUCGAAUAAAUUGGCGAGGUUACUAAAACAGAAUGAAUAAAUAAAUAAUAAAUUUAAUGUUUUGAAUUUCAAAUUCAAAUCUACUUUUUGAAAAAAACCUGUCAUAAUUCUUCACCGAGUCCCCAAUGUCGCGUAAAGUUUUUAUUAAAAUCUAAAUUCCAUUUCUUAUUAUUUUGAAGACGAGAUUUCCAAUGCAUAUAUGUUGUAGCUUGUUUCAUUUCGAAACGUUUUCAAUUUUGUUCCGAAAAUGUAUUUUUGUAUCAGAUUAAGAUCUAUAUAUAUAUAUAUAUAUAUAUAAUUGACAGAUUUCAAAAGAUAAUUGUUCAGUUCCAAAAUGACUUUUAGAAAAGUGUUGAAUUUACAAGGUAUUCGAGGAAUCGCAAUAUUAGGAGUUUUAGGAUUUCAUUUCUUUCCCAAUUAUUUUCCAAAUGGAUAUUUAGGAGUUGAUCAGUAAGUUUACAAUUUUCUAAGAUUAUUGGGGAAAUUAUGAUUUGUUUUCAGGUUUUUUGUAUUAUCUGGUUUCUUGAUGUGUAUGUUAUUAACGAAAACAGAGAAACUAUCAAAAAUUGAAAUGAUAUCAAAUUUUUAUAUUCGUCGAUUCAAAAGAAUUUUACCAUUAUAUCAAUUAAUAAUAUUAUUAUCAUUAAUUGCUUUAUAUUUAAUAUUUCCUGACACAACAAUUGAAAUUAAUAUAAAUUCAGCGAAAAGAGCAAUAAUAUUUAUAUCAAAUCAGUUGAAAACUUUAGAAGAUGAUUAUUUUGAAAAAUUAAAUAUGGCAACUGAUAUAUUCACACAUACUUGGUCACUUUCUGUUGAAAUUCAAUUUUAUUUGAUUGUUCCAUUUUUAUUUGUAUUACCAUUUCGAAUAAUAUCAUUAACAAUUAUAUCAAUUAUAAGUUUUUUAUUUUUUUAUUUUACCAUCUGAUAUUGCUUUUCUCAAUGUUUUUGCAAGAAUUUGGCAAUUUUUAAUUGGUAUGAUUGCUUUUAUUGUUCAUCAAAAGAUACCAACUGAUCUUGAAUCAAUAAAAAAUGCGGAUCAAAUUGAGAACCAAAAAUUAGAGCCAAAAAAAUCUGUGAGCAACGAAAUUACCACUAAUUCAACUCUAUUCUCAAACUUAGCAGUUAUAUUUAUUAUAUUCUUUCCAAAAACUAUAAUGCCAACUACUUUGAGGUAAUUUUUUGCCAAUUGACUGCAUAACUAAUAUGAUUUCCAGACCAUUAAUUACAUUAAUUACGGGGAUAAUUUUAAUAUUUUCAAAAGACGAUGAUAUAUUAUUAUCAAAUAAAACAUUAACAUUUAUUGGUGAUAUUUCAUAUUCAUUAUAUUUAAUUCAUUGGCCAAUAUCUUCAUAUUGUAAAAUAACUGGAAUGUCUAAUUAUACUCUAUUAUUUUUAUCUUUAUCUGUUGCUCUUUCAAUUUUGGUUUAUCAUAGUUUCGAGAAAUGGUAUACAAAACAAUCAAAUAUUGUAAUAGGUUUCAUAACUAUUUCACUAUUAUCUAUGAAUAUGGUCAUUUUGAAUUAUCAAUUAUUACAAAAACCGUCGGAAGAAACAAUAACAGAUAACGUCAGAGCAUUAAUUGGUAAUGGCACAUUGGAAGAUGCGAAAAGAAUGAAUCAUCUUUGGGAUGUGAUGGAUUUGAAAAACUUGAAAUUUAAAUGUGGAGGAAUCAGUAGUGGAUGGUGCUGGUUUGAUGGAUUGAAUCAAAAUAAUACAUUAAAAAUUAUGUCUUUCGGAAAUAGCUAUACACAAAAUCAUGCAAAAUUAAUGUACGAGGAAUGUGGGCCGCUGGUUAAGAAUAUUACGAGAGGAUCGGUUGGUGGUUAGUUCUAAAAAAGUUUAUUCCAUGAAAAAUCUUUUUUUGAAAGGAUGUGAACCAUUAUAUGAUUUUCCAACUAUAUACCAGCAAUGUCCUGAAUUUAUGGAAAAUAUUCUUCAAAAUUUACAAGAAUAUAAACCAGACUAUGCAUUUUAUAUAAAUAGAGCAAUAUCGUUUGGAACGAAUUAUACAGAUGAUUUCGAAAAUGAUCCAAUUUAUCAAUCAAUUUUGAAUAAAACUCGACACUUGAUUAAAAACAUAAAAAAUAAAUUAUUUAUUUUGAAUUCAGUUCCACCAGUUAAUAAAGAUGCUGUGGAACAUUUAACCGAUGAUCUUAAAAAUAAUGUGACUAAAGAUGUAAUUGAUGUAAGUUCAAUCAACAAAUUAGAGAACUACAAACAAUAAAAAUCAAACAUUCAGCAAAAAAUGGUGAAAGAUUAUGAUCAACACUUGGCAGCAUCAAAAAGAUAUGCACAACUAAUAAAAGAUUGUGGAUCAAAAUGUGAACUUAUCGAUUAUUAUGAUUUAUUUCAUCCAAAUGGAAUAAAAAUGUAUAGAUAUUACGAUAAUAAUGGAUUUGCUUAUAUGUCGGGUGGAAAUCAUUUCACACCAUUCGGUGUCGAAUUUUUUGAGACCUUUUUGGAGAAAGUUUUGUCGUGA